ACUUGAGGGGUGAAAACUGUAACAAUAGAGUACUUGCUGGAACACUACGCAUCAGACAGCCUUCACAGAUGUAACUCAGUUCAACAACCAACCGCUCUGCACACUGUCACGAAAACCAAAUCGUUAUAUGGGUCGGGUCGGGUUGUGAUUUCGCGGUCGAGAUUUUUCGAUGGCGAGUUCAAACGGAGGAGGAGAUGUGUGGAGGGCACAUACGGCGAUGGCGGCGGCGCAGCUGUUCUACGGCGGCUACCACGUCAUCACCAAGGUGGCGCUCAGCGACGGCGUCAACCAGUUCGUCUUCUGCGUCUUCCGCGAUCUCCUCGCCCUUUCCAUUCUCGCCCCCGUCGCCUAUUUCCGCGAAAAAGGGCUAAGACCGCCGAUGAACAGACACUUUUUAUUCACGUUUGUCUUUCUCGGUUUAACCGGGGUUUUCGGGAACCAGCUUUUAUUUCUUUUAGGUCUUGGCUACACAAAUCCGACGUACGCUGCAGCCAUACAACCUGCUAUUCCAGUCUUUACUUUCGUCUUAGCCAUAAUUAUGGGUACAGAAAAGUUGAAUAUACGAAAAACCGAAGGUCAAACAAAGUUAGGAGGUACUCUAGUCUGUAUUUCCGGUGCCAUUCUAAUGGCUACUUUCCGUGGGCCCGCUGUGUUUGGGAAUAAGGAAUCGAAUACUUCAUCAUCUCAAAGUGAGAGAACUUUCGAACAAGGGUUACCGUCUACUUUUCUUGAUUUAGGGAUCGACAAUUGGCAUCUCGGGGUUUUGUGCUUGAUUGGGAAUUGCAUGUGCAUGGCAGCUUAUCUAGCAUACCAGGCUCCACUUUUAGCUAAGUAUCCUGCAAGUAUAUCAGUGACGGCCUAUUCAUACUCUUUUGGUUCUCUGUUUAUGGUAGUUACCGCAUUUUUUGUGACCAAUGAUUCAAAAGACUGGAAUCUCACACAAUCCGAGGCUUUUGCCGUUUGCUAUGCUGGUGUUAUAGCAUCGGCACUUAACUAUGGAAUGACGACAUGGUCAAAUAAGAUCAUCGGCCCCGCUUUGGUUGCUUUGUACAAUCCACUUCAACCUGCUGCAUCCGCUUUCCUCUCCAAAAUUUUCCUCGGAAGUCCAAUUUAUUUAGGAAGCGUUAUUGGAGGGCUACUAAUUAUAGCUGGGCUUUAUUUGGUGACUUGGGCAUCCUAUAGAGAACGACAGGCGAGUGUAGCAUUAAUUCCUCAUGCCUCACGGUCAUCAGAACCGCUCAUUAACAGAGAUUCGUCUGUCACCAAAAUUUCCUCACAGACAGGACACGUUAUCACGGGCCCUGGCUCUUCCAACUUGAGAGGAAAACCCGUUGAUUAGAGGUUCUUUUUUUUUUUUGGUGGGAUGUUGGAUUUUAUGGGGAAAAAAAAAGCUGCAAGAUUUAUUA